GUUGUUGCUUUUAUCUCUGUUUCGAAUUCGGUUCUCGCGUGCUCUCUGUUUUCGUUGGUUUCGUUCAGAGCAGCAUUAACCCUCGACGGCGACGCUCGUUUUUCGGUUGUUCGGCUCCUGAAAUCGAAAUUGUAAUUUCGCACAGCGUAUACAUUAGAUUUUUCAUCCUUUACGUGUCGCGCGUGUGCUAUUCUUGUUAUUGUCCCGUCGUCGCCUUUUUUUUCGUGUGUAUACUUAACAAAAUCGUUACAAAUAAGCAUUUUUUUCACGUUUGUUACUGUUACAUCUGCUUGGUAAUUAAAAGCACAAAAGUCAAAGCAAAUAAAGCACGUUAAAGAGAACACCGAAAAAAGAAUAACAAUAACAAAUACAAAUACAAGUAAGCUAGCUUGUUGUUGGUGUCGCGCAGCAUGUGGAGUUACAGUUAACUGUAACAGUUAACGGACAGCAAAGCGGCAGGCGGAGAAAGAGGUGUGUAGGAGCAGUGGGAGAAGCACAAGGAGCAGCCGAAGCGAAAAGAGAGGUAGAGAGUAGGAUUUACAGCUUCUUCGCUUCACUAAAUGCAGUCGACGCUGCGAUUAUUAUGUGCCAGCUCCAAUAACAACAAACGCAGCAGCAGCAAAAAACCGCCGCAGCAGCAGCAGCAACAACAACAACAACAGCACCACCACUUGAUACGAAAAUAAACAAACAAAAUCAAUCAAUUAAUCAAUCUGCUGAGCACACCGCUCUCCACGCCCACACACACACGCGCAACAACACAGGCACAACAACAACACACACGAGUGCAAGUCAACGCCCACGCCCAUUGGAGAAAAAGGAGGGAGUGGCAGGACGACAACAAGCAAAGGAGUCGUUGGAGAAAGGAGGAGGCGAACCACGAGGACGAAGACAACAUGUUCCACUCACUUGUUUUGAUGGCCUGCGCCCUUGCCGCCCUCUCCGUCGCCCAGGGGGCGGGGUCCGCUCGAUCCAAAUCGCUGCCGUUAUCGCUAUCGCUAUCGGUAUCGGUAUCCUCGUCAUUGGCAUCGGCAUCCAGUCCAGGAGCUGCUGCUGACCCAACAGCCGCCUUCACCGUCACCGCGACCGCCCCCACCCCCGCAAGUGCUCCCUUUGCCGGCAAACAGCUAAACAGAUGCCGUCAAAGUUGCUAUCAGCAGCUUUCCAAGGACUGGCAUUAUUGUAAGGAUUCCGUUGAUUGCACAAACUGCUGCCAAAAGCUGGUGGCACCAUUCGAGUUGCGUAUCCUGAAGGCCCAGCGCCAGGAGUCGCUCGUCCUAACGGACAUCGGCUGGGAUGAGAUGAUAGCGAAUGCCUCGCGCCAGUGCCUCAUCACCUGGGAAGUGUCCGGCGGCGGGCUCAUCGGCAAUCUGCUAACGGACACCGCACGGGCGGAACUCUCCUUGUGGCCGGACACCGUCUACAACAUCCAGGUCAAGUGCAAGCACAAGCUCACGGGUCUGAUGCGACGUUCGAUCAAGCUAAAUGUGGACACCAGCCAGUUGGUGGGCACAACAACGACCACGACGACCAGUAAAUCGAGUAUCCAGCGGCAGCAUUUGGAGCAGCCAGUGGAUCAUACUGAUGCCUUGGAGCACUCGCAGCACAUUCGCAUCCCGCGGCCCACGGAUCGUGUGUAUAUAAUCAGUGCACUGCCCACGCCCAGCGAACUGGGCGGUGUGGUUUAUCCGGCCUUCGGGGCGCUGGCCUUCUUCCUGGCCCUGCUGGUCAUGUUCCUCUUCCUGCGUCCGCAGCGCAAGCGAUUCCCUCUGGAUGCGGACAGUGCGGACACGGCAACGUUGAUAGGUCGCAGUUCGAGCAGCUCGAGGAACUCAAUGGACGCCUCUACGCUGCAUGUCUAAGGCGGAGGUUGCCCGGAGAACUUGUAGUCGUAUAUAUAUAGAUGUCUGACUAUGUGAUAUUCUGCACCCCAAAAACAAAAAAAAAAAAACAAACAAACAAAAACAAAAACAAAUGAACAAAGGACGCGAAGAGAACUGUGUACAUACCCCUUGCCGCGUUAGUUGGUCCUUUCCUAUCCAAAAUAUUAAAUCCUGGAUUUUGAUUCGAUAUGAUAGAUAAGAUUUGGAAUCGAAUCGAUUCGAAUCGAAUUGAAUUGAAUUGGAGAGUCAAGCAAAUUUCGCUCAACUAAGUUAAGUUUUAUCCUCUGCCAUUCGUAGAUCCCAAUGCCAAACCAGCGCAGUCAUAUACAUAUACACGCAUGAUUAACAUACAUACAUAGCUCUAUAUACAUAUACAUAUACCAACUAUAUUAUACAUUUAGCGCAUUUACUAUAUACAUACAUAUACAUAUAUCAUAGUUAUACAAGCAGGAGCAGCUAGAGAUCAAGAUAAAGAUACAGAUGCAGAUACGUUUACGGUUAUGGUUACGGAUACAAAUAUAUAUAUAUAUACUAUAUUAUUAUAUACUAUAUAUAUUAUAUUAUAUUAUAUUAUAUAAUAGACUAGGGGCCAGCGGCCAACCAACUACAUACACCAAACUAAAUGCAACAAAUUGCUACAAAUUUUUUGUCAAUCGUCGUCGCUUGCUUGCAAACAUACAAACAAUAUAAAUUUGUUUUUAUCUCAGGUUAAAAACAAAUAAAUACCAAUUAAUACAAAUACAAAAUAUCAUGCAUCUCUUUUCCAUUUUUCGUCGUCUUAAAACUUAAAUCGAAACAUAGUGCAUAAAAAGCAAAACGAAAAGAAAAAAAGGAAUUACAAAUUAACAAAAAAAAAAAAACGCAACUUAAAUCAGAAGUAAAUAUUUUUCAAAAUUUUUAAAUGUUUAUACCUAGACAAACUCAAUUGAAUUAACAACAAAGUAAACUAUUAUAAAUGACUUACUGUACUUGAGCAUGUAAAAACAAAGUAACAAAGUAACUAAACUAAACUAAACUGAACUAAACUAUGGUUAAUGGUUAAUACGGUUAAUUAAAGAUCUAAGCUGAGAAAUUAUAACUUCGCUACGCAAAAUGCCUGUACAUAUUUUAGCCCUAAUUUAUUUAUAUUUAAACAAUCCAUUGUUUUGUUAACCUAUGAUUUUAAGGAUAUGGAACGUUUUCCUGGGGCAAGAAGAAAUGGUGUGUCUACCAACCUGAGGGAAUGUUUUACUUAAAGUUUCAAAGAGAGAGAGAGAGCGAACAACCUAAUCUAAUUAAUGGAUUGUUCCUGCUUUUGAUGAAACAUAAGUUUCGGAUGUUUUUAGUGUCUGCUCCAAUGGUUGUAGUUACAAUUAGUAAAUUUCGAUCAAAUCAAAAAAAAAAAAAAAAAGAAAAAAACCAAUCUUCUUUCCCCAAAAUGGAAUCUCCGGAGUGAUGAGAACCUUGUGUAGUGUGAACCCAUUGCCAUAUAAAAUGCAGUCCUAGUUUAAUUUUAGUUAGUUUAGUUAAGCGAUCCAAAUGUGUUACCUCUUAUAUUUUUUUUUUUAUUUUUUUUUUGUGCGGCGGACUAAAUACGAAAUAUGCCAAUCACAUUUUAGAUAUAUACAUAUAUAUGUAUAUAUAUUUAUAUAUACUGUGUAUGAAUAAAUUCGGACGAGAAGGAUGGUAGCGGAUGUGCGGCACCCUUUCAACAUUUAUCCUUUAUUCGUUUAUUAUGUAAAUAUAAUUUGAUUUGUUAUUGCAGCUCAUUUUUGGCUACUUUUAUUUGUUGCGGGUUGGCAUGGGAAUAUAUGUAUACAUUUAUGCACACUAUAUACAUAUAUAUACCCCCUCUUUGUAAUCAAAAAACUAAGCCAUCGAUUUUUGUGGCUCCCCUGUCUUCUGUUCCCUCCCUCCUCCUCUUCCUCCUCAUCCUCGCACUUAUCAUAUAAAUUAGAGUUGGGAUAUGCAAAUGCAUUCCAUGGAACGAGGGGGUUGAUUGUGUAAAGGGGUCUCGUCGGUGUCGAUUAUGAGAAACUUCUUCUUUGGCUAGAUGAAAUGGAAAAAUUCCUUUGCCGCGGCCAAAAAAAGUAUUCUCUAAAGAAUUUCCGAUUAAACUUUUCCUUUCCUCGCCGCUUUUCUGCGAAAAACUCUCUUUUCGUCGGCUUGGGAAACUUUUUCGUUUGCCUCUCUGCUGCUUUCAAAAUUUUUUUUUGAAAUUUUUUUUUUUUUACUUUUUUAAUUUAAUAUUUUUUUUUGUGUUAGCCUUUCGUGUGUUUUUUUGGAUUAGCAAAAAGGGGGUUGGCUUUGGUGGCCACUUGGCUGCCAUUAGAUCCGUAUCCCCAUCAUCCCCCUUUUGAUUCAGCUGUUGUUUGCUCAGCCACUUCAGCAUCACCCCCCCGCUCCACCUCGCACUCCACAUUCUCAAGCACUUUUUAUAAACCAAAUUAAAUUUAUAUGCCCCUACAGCUAAAGCAGCCCCCCGCAGCACCCGCUCCCCCAAGUUCUCCUCUUAACCCAUGCUCGCCUGCCGAUGUCUGUGUUGUUUUUUUUGUUUUUUGUGGGCCAAGCCAAUCCCAGGCUCUCGACGCUGUCAACUGCCAAUUAGCUGAGCAUUUUUCAACAUUUUAAAUUGUCUUCCCAGAGUGCGUGGUGCCCCAGCCCAUUUCCGAAGGGGUCUCUUCCAAGGCGGGGGGAUUAGGUCUGGGCGACACUUGAGUGAGACGUCCGAGCGAUUUUGCUUUUAUAACCCGAAUACCCAUUGGGGAAACAUGGGGCAUGUCCACUGGCAAUACCCCUCUUGGUGGAAUAGUCGAGCAUGAUCUGAAUAUCUUUUGUUUUUUUCUUAUUUUUUUUCUUAUUUGGGUUUUCCUGUACUUGAAGCUCCAUGCCUUUGUUUCCAACUACUCAACUAAACUCUUCCAAAUAAAUACAUAUAUUUAAAGCGUAUAUUGAAUAUUCUUUAGUGAAAAACAAAGAAUACAACUUAAGUGUGGACUGAAAAACGUGUUAAACUUCGAUUCCUUUGAAUGUACAUUUCAAUCUUUUCCUAUUUUUUAUAUCACUUAUUUCGGAAUGUUUUCAAAUGAAUGUAUAAAAACAAAUAUAUAAAAUUAGCUGUACGUAUUUAUAACCAAUACAAAUGUUAAUUGAUAAAGAAAACAUUUUGAACUUAGAACAAAAACAAGCAUAACCAAAUAAACUUCUUCCUGAUAAGCUAAGCGUAUUUAUAUAUAUAAAUAUCAAAAAUAUAUGAAAAUAUAUAGAAUAC